UUCCACGUCCCAAGAGCUAGCUUCUGUAGCCGAGGAUCGGACCGCCAAGUGCCCUGCCCUCGGCUGCCGCCCAGCUCACAUUGCACCCGACCUCUAUGACCCCUGCUAUGGGUGGUGAGUCCAUUGGAGGGGGGACCCACGUUGCCUCUUCGGGCUGUGCCAUGGGGACAGGCCCGGCCACCAGGCGCUCGCCAUCGUGCCCCACCUCCGGGCCUGGCUCCAGAGGGGGGCCCCGGUGACCCGCGUCCGGGCAAGGGAAAUCUGGGUUCCUUGUUUGUUUUCUUCAUAAAGGUCUUCGAGCUGCACUUUGUCUGAUCCCUCACCUAGGACCAGUUUGUCUUGGGAGACCCUACCAGGGGGCAUAAAGCCCCCGGACAACAUAGCUCCUAGGAUCAUUGGGACACGCAAACUCCUCUACCACGUUAAGGUGGCAGCUCAGAGAGGAGGUAUUAAAAAUUAGAAAAAAAUAAAAAUAAAAAUAAAAUAAAUACAUUUAAAAAAAAAAUAAUAAUAAUAAUAAUAAUUAAAAAUUAGAAAAAUAAAUACAUUAAAAAAAUAUAUAUAUAAAAAAAAAAUUAUAAUCAAAAGAUAUAAGUACUGAAGCACUCCAUUAGGCAUUUGAAGUACUCAAGUACAGGGAUCAAUGUACAUCACUAUACUACAGUGAAAACCGGUAUUGUGUGAAUAAGUGAGUAAAACAUAAGUUUUCCAGGUUUAUACACUAUAUAAUUAUGUACAAUUUACAUAUCAAAUAUUCUAUUUCACAUAAUGUUUGAAAUUGUCCCACAUCCCGCGCAAAAUAGAAGUCUGAGGUGCCUAACAUUUAAGCUAACAUUCACUGGGUGACAUUAGCCCUUUUAGAAUACCAUAUUUAUUAGAUACAAAACCGUACACAAAUAACUUAAUUACAUAUUGAGCAACAAUAUAAAGUAAAUUCUGACAUGAUGCUACAAAUGACAAAUAAUUGAUUUAGUAAGAGAGGAGAAGCAACUUACCACAGUCCUUAAACAUCCAGAAUAUGGCGUCCAGAAAAUUCUUCAGGGUGUGGACACGAGGAGUGGCUGGAGGGCGGGGCUAAUCAGAGUACCUCUAACACUGUCUCGUUUAACGAUGGAAAUCAACACCAACACUGGGGGGCGUUUUACUCCAGCUGUUGUUGUAAUAACUCUGAUAGAUGUAAUUCAUGUUAACACUGCAUAUUUAACACUGGGGAUUUUACUGUGUAGCUGCUGACAGAAGCACAUUGUAUAUAUGUUAUAUAAUUCCAUAGUUGGUUAGAGUAAAUCAAUGUAUAAAUAUAAGUUCAUAUUUACAUUUAAUGUGAUUAAAAAUGUAUUUUCUUUGGUAAUUUCUUGCAAGUAUAAGUUAACUUUAUUUUUGUUACAAAACUCAUGUAAAUUGGAGAGGAACAUAUUUUUUGUUCCGGUUUGGUCACAUUGUUGGGGGGACAAUUAAUAUGUGACGGGAAAAGGAAAAAAGGGAAGCAGCAUGAGACAGCAAAUGGAAGAGGUUAAUGGAGUCUCGGCUUGGAAAGAAACUUUAUUCCCUCUGAGUUUGUGAGGCCAAUGAGUUCUGACGGCAUUAUUUUGGCAUUAUUUUGGCAUUGUGUUGGCAUCGUUGUGACGAGGAGAAGGCGUGGCUGAAAAUAAAUGUCUGUUUGAGAAAAACGAACAACUUGAGCCUUGAUUAAGACCUCGGAGGGAGUAACAGUCAGAACUCAGCCUACAUCGCGCUGAAGAGAAAGAGAGACGGAGAGGGAGCCUGUAGCAGCAGCGGAGCCGUUAACGAGCAGCUGUUUGAUGAGUGACAUCGCUCUCAAUCUUCAAAGGAAAGAAGCCGCAUGCACGGACAUUCCAGAAGCAAUCAGGGUCCAACGGUGCAGCGUGGUUAACUCAACACCAAGUAACACGUUUAAAACAAGUUAAAUGUGUAUGUUGGUUUAACCUGCUAACUUGAAAAGGGACUUUCUAAAUGCUAAAAGGGAUAUCCUGCUGUGGUGCGAAGUAAUUAUUUAAGUUAAGAAAGUGCUUGUAUGAUACAAGGUGAUUAUCAUUGCAAAGCUUAUCUUAAAUUAAUUGCUUGUUUUGGUUUUGGCAAUUUAAAAGAGCACAUCAAGGUAUUUAAAAGGCACAUUUAUAAUACAUUUUUUGAUAUUGAAAUGUAUGUGUGUUUUAUAACAAGUGGAAGAAGAUAAACUUUAACUAAAAAUACUGUCAUAAUACACAAACUUUAUUUUUGAAAGAAAAAGCAAACCCAAACAUAUCUAAGUUGACAGUUGCCUACAUUUACAUUUUUAUUCAACUACAGUUAAUACAUUUUCAUCCAAACUUUCAAGUUGGCUAAUAUUCAAACCAAAUUAAGCUAAAACACAAAAUCAAUAGGCUAGCAACAUGUCUGACCAAGAAUGCAUUGACACUUGACACGCUGUGGUGUUGCUGCAAGAAGAUCCUGGAGAAGUUGCGAUCCCAAAUCCCCAUGAGCCGAGCACAAGUCAAGCAAUGAAAGAAGAGGGCUUAAGGAAAAGUACAAGACCCAGAAAGCUCACUGAGAAAGGCCAAGCGUUUCAUGAGGAAAUGGUGAGCAAGCUUCAAGCUCGAUUCAACGCCAAUUAUGAAAAAUGGAAAUCUACUGCCAAACAAGCAAAAAGAGCACUUGACGCAUCUGAUAUAGCAAGCUUGCACGAUCACAUUGCUCAUAUACAAGAAACUUCUGGUGAAGUCAUGCAAGCAUAUGAAGAACUACGUAGUCAUGAAACUCCUGAUGGAAACACUCGCCGCAGAAUUGACACAUGUGAUGCAGUUUCUCAGAAGGUUUUCCAACAAGCACAAGAGAAUCUUGCAGCAGAAGAAGAUGAGCGAGAUCAAGACAAGAGGUCAUUUCACUGGAGUGAAACUCGCUCAGCGUUUAUUUUAGCAUCGUUGCAAAGAUCCAAAAACUCAAGUAGUCGACGUUCAAGUCAGCUGUCUGCAAAAAGGCAAGACGCAGCAGCAGAAGUAGCUGCAGCUGAAGCCACUCUGUUGGUCUUAGAAGAAAUGGAACGUGGCAAAAGUGAACUCGAAAUGCUUGAGAAAGAAAUGGAACCAAAGAAGAGGGAGCUUGAACGCUUGGAAACGGUAAAGCAAAUGAAUGCUGCAAAAGCGCGACUGGAAGCGUAUGAACAAGAAGGCAACUCAGAUGAGGAAUUGUCAGAUCUUCUGCAUGGAAGGAGCACACCAAGAAAGCUACCAUCCAAGCCAGUAAGACAUUCUGAAGUGAAAAUUGAAUCUUCAGGUUGCAAUCCAUAUGCACAACCAGUCAUACCAAAAGACACCACACGAGGGCAACCUGCUAGCAAUAAAACACCAGAAGAUGGCAUAACAGCACUGGCUACAGCCUUGGCAGAGUCCAUCAACAUUAGCCGUCUACCGGUUCCAGAGCCCGCAGUUUUCAAUGGAGAUCCCAUCAAGUACAAGGAUUGGAAAAUGUCUUUUCAAUUACUGAUUGAAAGAAAGAACAUCCCAGUGGCUGAAAAGAUCUACUACCUCCGAAAGUAUGUUGGCGGUCCUGCGAGAAAGGCAGUUGAAAGCUACUUUCUGCUCGGAACAGAAAUGGCAUACCGUACAGCUUGGAACACUCUAGAAGAAAGAUAUGGUAGUCCAUUUGUAAUCGCCAAAGCUUUCAGAGAUAAGCUCUCAGCAUGGCCAAGAAUUGGAACCAAGGAUAAUGUGGAACUAAGAGAGUUAUCAGACUUUCUCAAAGGUUGCGAAGUAGCAAUGAUACAGAUAAAGAGUCUUCAAAUUCUAAAUGACUGCUAUGAGAACCAGAGAAUGCUCAGCAAGCUUCCUGAUUGGCUUACGGCAAGAUGGAAUCGUAAAGUAGUUGAGAUUGAAGAUCAGUGUGGUUCAUUUCCUACAUUCAGCCAUUUUGUCAACUUUGUAGAAAAGGAAGCCAGGAUCGCGUGCAACCCAGUGACAUCUCUAAGUGCUCUCAAGGCAAAUGAUUCAGAGAAAGAGAAAGCGAAAACUCCAAUGACUCGGAAUGUUGGAGCCAGAACAUUGACAUACAGUACGGAAGAGAAAACCGAUACGCUGAAGUGUGAAUUCUGUGAAAGGUCAAAUCACAACAUUCUGACAUGUCGAAAGUUCAUGGAGAAGGAGAACGCUGCAAAAGUGCAAUUUGUAAAGGACAAGGGAUUGUGUUUUGGUUGUCUUAAAUCUGGACACAUCUCAAAGAAAUGCGAAAAGAGAAGUAUCUGCAACACAUGUAAGGGGAAACACCCAACAUGCUUACAUGAAGAACGAGACAAAGAGUCAAGAAAGAAUAAGGACAUCCAAAGGGAAACAAAGGGGACAAGUGAGUCAAAGGAAACCAAACAAACUAAGGAACCAAGUCAAGAAACACCAAAUGAGGCUAUCUCAAACCGUAUUAUCCAAAGUGACAAUACUGACCUCACAUCCACAAUUGUUCCAGUGUGGUUGUCCACAAAAAGUAAUCCAGAAAAAGAACUAUUGCUUUACGCUCUUUUAGACAGUCAGAGUGACACAACAUUGGUUCUGCAAGAAAAGGCAGAUGUUUUGGACACAGACAAGAAAGAUGUGCAGUUAAAGCUCUCCACACUGUCAUCCAAAGACAGUUAUUCCUAGUCAAAAGCUGACAGAUCU